AUGGCCCUGCUGGCCCUGCUGCUCCCCUGCCUUCUGGCCCCGCUGGGAGGGGUCGUCACCAUGGCCUCCCAGGGACCCAGCGGCCAGCACCCCCAGCCUCUCCCUGACACAACUCUGGAGCUGAUGGACAAAUUCAAGGAAUUCCAGAUUCGCUACAAUAAGAGCUACGAGGACCAAGCAGAGCACGCGCGACGCUUUGAGAUCUUUGUCCAGAACCUGGCCCGGGCCCGGAAGCUGCAGGAGGAGGACCAGGGUACGGCGGAGUUUGGGGUCACUCCCUUCAGUGACCUCUCAGAGGACGAGUUUCUCAGUCUUUACGCGCCCAGAUUCAGGAUGCCCACCAGUUGGGUAAAUCAAACAGCCAGGAUCCCCGCGGGGCCUCUCCGUGCGGAAACUUGUGACUGGAGGAAAGAAGGGGCCGUCACACCGGUCAAAAAUCAGGUACUGACCCCUGGGCCCCAGGCCCCCCCCUUUACUCUGCCCCACCUGGACCUGUUAUCACACCCAACUUCAUCCUCUUCACCUCCAGGAGGCUCUGGCUCCCCCAGCGCCCCCAGCUUCUCCCUGUGGGGAAAGAACCACCUGAAGUCCUGA